GGCAAGCGUUCGUUCGAUCGUUUGGUCACGUCAUCUUUUUUAUCCGUGUAAUGUCUGAUUUCUGUGUCCCACAUGCUUAGGGGUAACCGAAUUAAGAAGAAAUCCAAGAAUCCCCGCACCAGAAGAAAAGUUCGAGUGAUAGCGAACGUAAAUGUGAAUUAGAAAGUGUGUGAACUAUAGUCGCGAGGUGUCUCGUCCGUCCGGUUCGAUCUGGUUUUUAGCAGUUCAAACCGCGAGUUGGGCUCCCUUUUCCUCGUUUAUUUUUAUUUAGAAUUUAAUUGUGUGUAAAAAUUACUUCUAAUUUCGUUAUUAUUUGCAAUUUUGGUGGUAUAUUAGUUAAUAAAACCCAAACAAAAUGUCUGAGGAAUCGUCAGCAGAUCGGAAUGUCGAAAUUUGGAAGAUCAAAAAGCUCAUAAAAAGCUUGGAAAUGGCUAGAGGGAAUGGCACAUCAAUGAUAUCCCUGAUAAUACCGCCAAAGGAUCAGAUCUCACGUGUCUCCAAAAUGUUGGCUGAUGAGUUUGGUACGGCAUCAAACAUCAAGUCCCGUGUGAACCGUCUCUCUGUGCUCGGUGCAAUCACAUCUGUACAACAUCGGUUGAAAUUGUAUACUAAAGUACCUCCCAAUGGCCUGGUCAUCUACUGUGGUACCAUCGUCACCGAAGAAGGCAAAGAGAAGAAGGUGAACAUAGACUUCGAACCCUUCAAGCCUAUCAACACGUCACUCUAUCUCUGUGAUAACAAAUUCCACACGGAGGCCCUGACAGCAUUGUUGGCUGAUGAUAACAAGUUUGGGUUCAUUGUGAUGGAUGGUAAUGGAGCCUUGUUUGGUACGCUGCAAGGAAAUACUAGAGAGGUGCUUCACAAGUUCACAGUGGAUCUGCCAAAGAAGCACGGUCGUGGUGGUCAGUCGGCGUUGCGUUUCGCUCGUCUUCGUAUGGAGAAGAGACACAACUACGUGCGUAAAGUGGCUGAGGUGGCCACCCAGCUGUUCAUCAGUGCAGACAGACCGAACGUGGCCGGUCUCAUCCUGGCUGGUUCUGCCGACUUCAAGACUGAGCUGUCCCAGUCAGAUAUGUUUGAUCCGCGUCUGCAAGCGAAAAUUAUCAAGCUGGUGGACGUGUCGUACGGCGGUGAGAACGGUUUCAACCAAGCCAUCGAACUGGCGGCUGAGUCACUCCAGAAUGUUAAGUUUAUACAAGAGAAGAAACUGAUUGGCCGAUACUUCGAUGAGAUUUCACAGGACACGGGCAAGUAUUGUUUCGGCGUGGACGACACACUCCGCGCGCUGGAGCUGGGCGCGGUCGAGACUCUGAUCUGCUGGGAGAACCUUGACAUUCAGAGAUAUGUACUGAAAUCACAUGCCACCAACCAGGAGACCAUCUUGCAUUUGACCCCCGAGCAAGAGAAGGACAAAUCCCACUUCACUGACAAAGAGAGCGGGGUAGAACUGGAGUUGGUGGAAUGUCAGCCGCUGCUGGAGUGGCUCGCAAACAACUACAAGUCCUUCGGCGCCACCCUAGAGAUCAUCACCGACAAGAGCCAGGAGGGGAGUCAGUUCGUGCGAGGGUUUGGUGGCAUUGGCGGUCUUCUCCGUUACAAAGUAGACUUCCAAUCGAUGCAGUUGGACGAUGAAGAAAUCGACAAUCUAUACGACGUAGAUGAUUAUUAGACGAAACGAUCGCGGAGUCCAGAGUCUCACCGGGUGCCGAGUCUCGUCACCAUCUGAGCGUCUGAGCCUCGUUGGGACUCCAACCGUGUCGGGACCUUAGCCUUAUCGAGACCACGGCCUCGUUGGGACCCCAGCCCCGUCGGGGCCCUAGCCUCAUCGCGGCCACGGCUUCGUUGGGAUCUCAGCCUCAUCGGGGCUCUGACCUCUGGGACUACAGCCUCGUCGAGACUCCAGCCUCUUUGGGAUCUCAGCCUCAUCAAGACCCUAGCCUCGUUGGGACCUCAGCCUCAUUGAGACCCUAGCCUCGUUGAAGCUUAAGGCUCGUCGGAGGGGCCUCGUUUUAUACCGUGUAAGACUGCUUAAUUAAACAACUUUGGAAACUAAUACUAUACUCGAAAUUUAAGUAAUUUAAAAAAAAUUGUUUGAAAUACUAGACUGCGGAUUUGUCAGUGUGUAGUCAACCGAUAUGUAGGUUAAAUUAGAAAACUAAUGUUUUUUUAUAUAAUAUUUGGUUAUUGGCUGUAUGGUAUGAUAAUUUAAAAAACAGAUUGUGUGUCUGUACAACAUUAUCCGUAGUCGAUGUAUUUUAUAGAAUAAUAACAAAAUAAACUAAGAAUAGUUAGAAGAAAUUGGAUAUUGUAAGAAACUCAAUUAGGAUGUUUAAUCGUACUAACUAUUACGUGUUUCAGACGUAUCCUGUUGUCAAUUGUAUUAAUAUUGUUAUAGUUUUGUAUCGAUUUCCAAAUGUGAAAUUAUAAAUGUCUAGUUGGCGCCUGCACGUGUUAUUAUAAAAUUGUAUAUAGUUAACGUAAGUUACAAAAAUAUGCUCAAUUGUAGAAGUUGAGUGUUUAUGAAUUCUAAAUAUUUGUAUGUGGUGGAUUUAAGGAGAAUCCGUUUGUUAUGACAUCGCUCAGAAGUGACAAGCUCACAUGUUUGUUUCAAUAUCGGUGGUCAAGCGGUUUAGCACACCGCUCUACAUCCGAUGGUCGCGGGUUCGAUUCCUUGCACGGUAUAAUCAUUUGUAUGUGUGUUUGUAUUGGUCUGGUUGUUUUUUUAUAUACGAGUAUAUUAUGUGUAUAUUUACAAAAAAUAUAAAUAUCAGUUGUCUGGUACCUUUAAUAGAAGAUCCGCUUAGAUUGGGACUAGAUGGCGCUGUGUGUUUUUUACUCAGUCUUCUGCAUUGGAGGGUAUACGCCUAUCGUCCAGUGAAAUUAUGACGGCCAGCUGCGACAACAGCAUUAGUAGUCCGAAAAAAAGUACCUAAAAAAACCUGUAUUCAAGGUUAAAUGGUAAAAUAUGGGAGUAAAUUACUCAGACAUGGCAAUAAUUACAACUGGUGAUGACGUGAUGACAUGAUAUCUGUGAUAGGUGAUAGUUGUCACCAUCAAGUGUCCA